AUGAAGGUUUUAUUCUUCUUGGCUCUUGUUUUUAUUGUUAAUGCAGAUAACCAACCAAACGAAAUGAAAGAAUAUCUUUCUGGAGAAUGGAAGUUUUACCAAGUUGAAACAACAAUUUCUGAUGACUCUGAUAAUUCUGAAGAUAAUGAAAGUGAAAUUGAAGAACGAGAGCCAUUAGUUGCAAUGAAUAUUACAGCUAGAACUGAUGUUGCCGAUAUGCUUGAUGUUAUUAUUAAUGAUGAUAAUGAGAAAUAUUAUCAAAUAUCUAUCUAUGAUGGUAGUACUAUUGAAGUCCAAAUGAUAGGUGAUGAAGUCCAAGAAGAUAAACUUCUUAUUACUAUGAAUUUCCAUAAUGUUUCAGAUAUGUAUAUUGCAGAAGGUACAUUCAGAAAUAUUUCAUACACUGCUUAUAUUCCAAGAACCGAUGCUCUUGUUGCUUCAAUUACUACAUACCAAAAAGAUGAAGAAGGAAAGGUUAUUGUUACCAGAUAUAUUGGUGAAAAAACAUUUGUUGACAAGCGUACUUUCUUCCAAAAAUAUCAAAUGUUUAUUAUGAUGGGUCUUAUGAUGCUCUUCCAAAUGUUCAUGGGACAACCAGGUGCUCAAGCCCCUGCCCAAGCACAACAACAAGCCGCUCAAUAA